UGUAAAUCACGCACUUGCUAUCAAGGCGGUAUGUUGUGGCAGUUAGACCUAUAAUACUCGUGAACGCAAAAGGCCAUGCAGUGAUCUGCUACAGGUUUAAAGAAGGCAUUCGCAUUACCGCUAUGAAAUAUAUUGGGAAGGAGAUUGUAUGUUAAAUUAGUAACCAACCGCGCGAAUCAUUUAUUAAUAUCAACGGACUCAACCACUUCGAAGCGCCAAUCGAUGAUACACAGUAAUAUAGUGAUCAAUUUUGGUUUUCGUGUAGGAUAGAUCCACGUCACUUGUCAGUAUACAUCCAUCUAUUUUCACUGCCGGAAAUGAACUUACGGCAACGCCUUUUGUAUCAGAAAUAGAACAGAGGUGAAAAACAGAUUUCAUCAGCCUGUGUCGAUUCUGCUUUUAGUUUUGGGUUUCAUCCUUUAGCACCCAAUUAAAACAUUUGACUUUGUUUACUGGACAAUCAGUACAUCUUUAUACAAUUAAAACAUUAGACGUUGUUUACGGGACACCGUACAUACUUUAUACAAAUAAUAAAAUAUGGAAACUAAAGAUGUUAUAACUUUUCACCAGUGUCUUGUAUGUGAGGCAAUUUUUCAACAAUAUGAUGAGCUACAAAACCACAAUGAAAUUCAUGUUAAAGAAGAGAAAACUGAUGAUGUAGAUGAAUAUUGUCAUGUCAAAGAAGAGAAAACUGAUGAUGUAGAUGGAUAUUGUCUUGUUAAAGAAGAGAUACCUGAUGAUGUAGAGGAACAUAGUCAUAUUAAAGAAGAGAAAACUGAUGAUGUAGAUGAAUAUUGUCUUGUUAAAGAAGAGAAAACUGCUGAUGUAGAUGAAUAUUGUCAUGUUAAAGAAGAGAAAACUGAAGAAAUUGAAAUUGUUUAUCAGUGUAAAUUAUGUAAUGAUGAAUUUGAAUUAGAAACUGAUUUAGAAAAACACUGUGAAAUACAUGUUAAAAACGAAGAUUCUGUUUUACAACAUGGUGAAAAUUUGGAGACAACUUUUAGCCAGUAUAAUGAAACAGAGAUACAAAAACAAAUAGGUUCUAAGAAACAUUUAAAAUGUGAUAUUUGUAAUAAAACAUUUAAAAAGAGCAGUCAUCUACAGAGACACAUGCGGCUUCAUACCAGAGAUAAAACUUUUAAAUGUGAUGUUUGUAGUAAAUCAUUUUCAAGAAGGUCGAAUCUUCGGCAACAUAUGAAGAUUCACCCAGGAGGCAAAGCUGUUAAAUGUGAUGUUUGUAGUGAACUAUUUUUGAAGAAUAGCCAACUACAAAGGCACAUGGGACUACAUACGGGAGAAAACCGUUAUAAAUGUGACUUUUGUAGUAAAUCAUAUUCUAGACGGAAGAGCCUUCAAAAGCAUUUAACUAUUCACACGGGAGAAAAAUCUCAUGAAUGUGAUGUUUGUGGUGAAGCAUUUAGUCAUAAUAGUAAACUACAAACACACAUGGGAACUCAUACUGGGAAAAAAUCUUAUAAAUGUGAUGUUUGUGGUAAAUUAUUCGCCAGGAAACGUGAGAUACAGCAACACAUGAGAACGCAUACAGGCGAAAAUCCUUACCAAUGUAAAGUUUGUUGUAAAUCGUUUACUUCGAGUCGUCCUCUACAAAUGCACAUGCAAAUUCACACUACUUAUACUGGACAUAAGUGUGAAAUUUGUAAUAAGUCCUUCACUAACAGUAGUGAUCUGCAGAGCCAUAUUGAAACUCACAUAGGAGAUAAAAUUUAUAAAUGUGAUAUCUGCAAUACAUCAUCGACCAACAGUAGUUACCUAAAGAGACACAUGAAAAUUCAUACUGAAAUAAAACCCUAUAAAUGUGAUGUUUGUGAUAAAUCAUUUACAAACACAGACAGUCUACAGAGGCACUUAAAAAUUCAUACUGGGGAACGAUCUUAUAAAUGCGAUAUUUGCAAUAUGCCAUUCACCAAUAGCACUUACUUACAGAGACAUAGGAGAAAAAGUCAUACAGGUGAAAAGCCUCAUCAGUGUGAUGUUUGUAGUAAAUCUUUUCCAGAACGAGGCAGUCUACAGAGGCAUUUAAGGACUCACACGGGGGAGAAGCCUUUUAAAUGUGAUGUUUGUAGUAAAUCAUUUAACGAUAGCAGUAAUCUGCAUGUACACAUGAGGAUUCACACAGGCGAGAAACCAUUUGAGUGUGGGAUUUGUAGUAAAUCAUUUAAUCAUAGAGGCGCUAUGCUUAUGCACUCAAAAACACAUACUGGCGACAAACCUUUUACAUGCUUUCUUUGUGAGAAAUCCUUUUACAGAAAUGACUUUCUUCAAAGACACAUUAUCAAGUCUCAUUCUGGGGACAAACCAUAUAAGUAGUCUCUAUUAUCAAGUCUCAUACUGGAGACAAACCAUAUAAGUAGUCUCUAUUACCAAGUCUCAUACUGGAGACAAACCAUAUAAGUAGUCUCUAUUGUAAUGAUUAUACCAUUUGCCUUCUAUCACUAGGGACCGGGUAUCAUUCAGAUUUGAUGAAAAAAGGAAAGAAACUGAGCUUACCAUCUAUAAUCUAAUACACAUAUUCAGUUAAUAGAUUGCCAUGCAGAAAGUAUUAAAUACCAUCAAGAUUCCUCAAAUAAUGCCCAGUUUGUGCGUAUGCCCGUCUGUAUGGCGUAUGCCCGUCUUCAUUAGCCCAGUUUAGGAGCAGAACAGUAGGACGUUAAACCCCAUUUCAUUUCAGAUUAUAGAUGGUAAGCUCAGUUUCUUUCCUUCUUUCAUCAAAUCUGAAUGAAAGCCCGGUCGCUAGUGUAUGUCAUCCUCAAUUCUGUAUUUGUCAUGUGAUUUCGUUAUUAUUUCCAGUUGUAUUUUCUCCGCUUCCAUUGUUUACUAUUUGUUAUUAUUAUGGGCUAUGUGCAGUUAUCAUGCGCAAUUUUCAUGUCGCUAGUCAAAUUUUCACGCUCACGUAAAUCACACUUCGCCAUUAAAUAACCAAUAAACUAUGCAUUGUCUUGGAUCGUCCUGAAUGUGAUUUACUCCCGAAUACCUUAUUUGUAAACUACAACAUAAUAGGCUGUUGUCGAGCUUGCAUAACGUUGUUAUUCAUAUUUUUCCUACAGCACAGCUAUUUCCUUUCGCUUGUCAACCGGCAUGGGGGAACUGAAUUGCGAGACGUCACUUGGCAUGCAUGGCUAAACGCCGUCUUCUGAUUGGCUAGUCCUUUUCCGCGGGUAUUAUAAAUAGGAAUCAGGUGGCUAUUUUAGACAGACGCCUUUUCACAGCAGGUCUUGUCUCAACCAAUUUUCAAUAUGGUAAGGAUUACCGUGAUUAAACAAGUUGUUACUUUCAAAACAAACUUGUUACAAGUUCGUGCUGCGACAUUAGCAUGCUAGUUCUAAUCAAUUACAAAGUUCAUGUUACAAACAUAACAUAGGCCUAAAUGUUUAAAAGCUAACAUGUUGUAAUCGGAACAUGUUCAUGUUGCAUUCAUAACAAACUUGUUGCAUCCUUAACAAACUCGUAUCACAAAGAAUGGGUUUUCAGACACUUGCUGCUGUUCUUAAUUCAACUAGCAUAAUAUAAUUAUAAGCGAACAUAUAGUUUUACUAUUUCAACUAUUUAUUGUAGAUGUAUUGUAUGGGCUUGACAACCCACAGUUUGUGAUAGGCAUACACUACAACUUUUGAACUUGUUUAAUUUAUAACAGUAACAGUUCCACUUAUAACGUGUCCCCAUCCGUGACCUGCCUGAUUUAUUCUUAUUUAUAAAUUAUUACUAUAGUAAAUAUAGCCUAUUGCCUAGCUUACAAGCUUAAAGUAGCUAGUCCGUAACUCAAUAUCAUCCAAAAUCUUCAACAUUGAAAACACAAUUUUUUUUGCAAUUUAAAUUAGCAUUGGUGGUGUGAUCUUACCCGGAAAAGAUGGGCUUCUGAUAUCCAAUAUUUAAGACAAAAUAAACAUUUUACCAUUGGUACACGAUUCGUGUACCAUAAUGCUUUUCAGCGCCAUUGGUAACAAGGUGCUCAAAGAAUGAGGCUAGACAUAUUCCCCAAUCAUGUCAAACGGUGAUAUCAUGUUGUUAUUUGAAGAGCAUGCGCAAUAAAUAAUAUCGGUGUUGACUGGAAUAACCAGGCGCUAGAAACUGACUUGCGGUUGAGACUUCUGGCUUAUUUCGCCGAACAUAACUGAUGACAAUUCACAGUAAAAUGGACACGAUUGAAUGUAAAACAGUUUAUAUAAAUUCAUAUUACAUUAUUAUAUGUGUUGCGACCCAUUUGUGCCAAUUUCUAGGUCCAAAAUAUUAGCGAUUUAGCUCCUUUAAUUGUAAAAUAUAGUAUAUUGCAUGUAUUUAUAAUUAUUACACAGUAUUAAUAUAUAUAUCAUUACAGUUUUUCUUUGAACUGUUAAAUAAAUUGUUGAGAUUUCAAACUUGGCUUGUGUCAAUCCUUCGAUCGUAGUGCUAGGCUGGGAACAAACGAUCCACAUAAAUAUUUGUGUAGCACGUUUGCCUGGAAGCCUGUGGGGAAAGGGCGCGUUACAGCUUUA